AUGUCGGCCAUCUUCGAUUCAUCCUCACCGUACGGCUACGGCGGUCAAGCGUCCAGCUCGAAAACAUCCCAGGCUACUUCGCCUGGUCAGGCUGGCAAUCCGCUCGACUUUUACAGCAAUCCUUCAUCCAACCAGCAAUUCUCUUCGUACUAUUCCUCCGGCACCGGUCCCGAUGGAUAUGCGACAGGAAGCAACGCGCGGCCAUCUUUGGAAGGCAAUAUGUCAUCCUCCGCAGGCUACGCUCCCGGAUCGGCUGCUCAUGCCAUGAUGAGCUCCCAAAUGAGUUUUUGGUCUGCUUUCGGCACUGGCGGCUUCCCUGACGAACCUCCGCUCAUGGAAGAGCUCGGGAUCAACAUUGGCCACAUUGUCGACAAGACCUUGACCGUGCUCAAUCCUCUGCAUCGCUACUCGGCCUCGCAUGCCAAGGACGCACAUAUGAUGGACGACGCUGAUCUCGCAGGCCCCUUGUUGUUCUGCUUCAUCUUUGGCAUGACACUACUCUUGGCCGGCAAGAGCCAGUUUGGUUACGUCUACGGUGUGGCUUUGCUCGGUGCCGUCAGCAUCUAUUCGCUGCUCAACCUCAUGAGCGAGGGCGGCAUCGAUGCCUAUCGCGUCGCUUCGGUUCUCGGUUAUUGUCUGCUGCCGCUCUGCAUCCUCAGCACCGCAAGUAUCGUGGUCCGCUUAGACUCCUUUAUCGGAUACAUUGUUUCGCCGCUCUUCAUUCUCUGGUGUUCAACUUCGGCGUCCGGCAUCUUUGUCUCAAUUCUUCGACUGUCAGAACAGCGACUACUCGUAGCCUAUCCCGUCGGGCUCUUCUACGCUUGCUUUGCCCUCCUCAGCGUAUUUGAUGUGGAUCAGUAA